AGCAUCACAUAUCGAGCUGAAUUCACAACGCGAGGACCAUGUGUAAUUGUUCUUACGAUUUCUUUUGUGACAGUUUCUUUGGAGCUUGUCAGUCAUGUCAGCUAUGUCGAGAUGGGUUACCAGACCAAAACUGUGUACAGUGUCCAGCAGAAACUGAUACUGGUAUCGAUAUUAGGAUUGUAAUCGGUGCUGUUAUUGGUUGUGUAGUUGUGAUAUCAUCUAUAUUGUCUCUGAUCUAUUUUAUACGAAAAAGAUGUUGGAAGAGAUCUACAGAAAACACAGAAGACCCUGAAAAUGGGAAAACAUCAAGUUACGCAAAUCCGAUACAAGAAGCAGAUGCAAGUCUUAAUCUGUUCGAAGACCAGCUCGUUGCCGGAAACAAUUCACCGGGACAAGAAAAACACCGAAGUGAUAAACAAUAGCAAUCACACAAAUACGACACAUAUAGUUAGUUAGGCAGGUUUUCAAUAAAACGCACUAUGUUUGUUGCACUUCAAUAAUAUAGCGUCUGCUGGUCAUUCAACAGCAGUGUGUAUGCUUGUAUUUUAGCAAUAAAAUAUGUUUCUGGUGGGGUCUUC